GGGUUUCUCAGAAACAACACCCAAUCAACAAUGGCGGAUUCCCAAAUCCCCCAAACCCUCCUUCUCCUUUCUUUCCUGAUCUUCAUCACAGCUUCUGCCUCCUCACAAGAUCAUACUAAUCAUGGCUUCCAAAUUCUCGACAUAUCUUCUUCUCUAAAGAUGACGCGAGAGGUUUUCUCCGCAAAAUCAUCUCAACCCUACGCCGAACAGCUCAGCUCCCUCGCCGGAAACCACUCCGCCGCCGGCGACGCGCCUCCGUCCUUCAGCUUCACUAUCCACCCUCGCUACUCUCUCCCGUUCGCCGACUCCCACGGCGGCAACUACACCGCCCUCUCCCUCGCCCGCCUCGCCCGCGACGAAUCCCACGUCCGCUCCCGCUUCUCCGGCGGUCUCGCCGGCGAUCAGCCCCGCCACCGCCGGAACCGCCAUUCCCGUUCCCAUUCUGCAAGUUAUUACAGAAAUUUGCAGUGCCGGCGGCAGCCUGAGCAGCAGCUCCGAUCGCCGCUCAUCUCCGGCGUCAGUUUCGGCAGCGGCGAGUAUUUCGCCAGAGUCGGAAUCGGCCGGCCGGCGGCGGAAUAUUACCUCAUCCUCGACACCGGCAGCGACAUCAGCUGGAUUCAGUGCAAGCCCUGCAUCAAUUGCUACCCGCAAACCGACCCGAUUUUCAACCCGACCCGAUCCACCACCUACCGGGUCAUCCCUUGCCGAUCCCCGACUUGCAGCGCCGCCGGAAUCACCCGCUGCAGCGUCGCCGGAAAUUGCCUCUACCAAAUACACUACGGCGACGGCUCCGCCACCGUCGGACAUUUAUCGGCGGACACUUUCACCUUCGGAGCCACCGGCACCGUCGCCAAUCUGACGUUCGGCUGCGGCAACGACAACGAAGGACUGUUCUCGAGCUCGGCGGGGCUGAUCGCCGUCGACAACGGGCCGUUGUCGGUGACGGCGCAGAUCAAAGCGACGUCGUUUUCGUACUGUCUGGUAAACCGCGAUUCCCAAUCGGUGUCGACUCUCGACUUCAACUCCGCCGCGCCGCCGGACUCGGUGGUGGCGCCGAUGGUCCGACACCCUAUACUCAGCUACUUUUACAUCGGCCUCGCCGGAAUCCUAAUCGGCGGCCGGCCGGUGGCGAUUCCGAAAUCGAUGUUCGAAAUCGAGGAGAGCGGGUGGGGCGGCGUGAUCGUCGACUCCGGCACGUCGGUGACUCGGUUCCACCCGGAGACCUACGCCGUGAUCAGAGACGCCUUCCGGAGCAUGGCGGCGCACCUGCCGCCGGCGGCCGGAGUUGCUUUGUUCGACACGUGUUAUGAUUUUUCGAGGAUGAAGACGGCGGACGUGCCGACGUUUGGGUUUGAGUUCUCGAACGGGCAGAAGCUGUCGUUGCCGGCGAGGAAUUAUUUGGUUCCGGUGGAUCACGGCGGGCGGUUCUGCUUUGCGGUGGCGGAGACGACGGGGCCGACGGCGAUCAUCGGGAAUGUUCAGCAGCAGGGGACACGUGUCACGUACGAUUUGGUGAAUAGGGUGAUUGGGUUUAGCCAAAAUAAAUGCUAGUUCAGUAGCAGUUAUGAAUAUA